AUGUAAAAAAUUAAUUUUUAUUUUUUAUAAAUUAAAAACCAAUAUUUUAAAAGGAAUUCAACAUUAUAAUGUGUUUUUAAUACUCCUAUAUUUAACGAAUUUUUCUUUUCUGAUGAGUUUUUAAAAGACUUAAAAUAAAAAAUAAAGGAGUAGCAGAAGCAUAUGCAUAAUUAUUAAAAAAUGUUCGUCAAAUAGGCUAUUCAUAGCCGCAAUCAACAUAUAAAUUAAAAUAAGCAGUUGAAAGGAUAUCGUAAUAAUUUAAAGGAUAUGAUUAAUAAGAUGCAUAAGAAUUACUAAGAACAUUAAUGGAUGGUUUACAUGAAGAUUUAAAUAGAGUAAAAACUAAACCUCCAUAUAAAGAAUUAGAAGCAGAUAUAAAAAAACAAACAAUACAAUAAAUAAGUGAUAGUUGGUAUUAAUAUUAUAAAGGAAGGGAUGACAGUCUUGUAACAGAUUUCUUUUAAGGUUAAUUUCUAAGCAAAGUAAUAUGUUCAAAAUGUUAAAAUUAAAGUUUAGCUUUUGAUAAUUUUAUGGAUUUAUCUUUAAGUUUUACUAGAGGUUUAAAAUAAUUAGGAGAAUGUGAUUUAUAUAGACUUAUUGAUUAGUUUAUAAAAUAAGAAUAACUUUCAGAUAAUUAUUAUUGCUCAAAAUGUAAAACACAUACGAAAUCUAGUAGAUAGUUUUAUCUUUAGAAAUUACCUUAAGUACUUGUUAUUCAUUUAAAAAGAUUCAAUUAUGGAAAAUAUAGAAAUGAUAAAAUUACCGAUAUUGUCAAAUUUCCUGUUUUCAAUCUUGAUUUAUCAUAAUUUAUAAAUAAAGAUAAUUGUAUGCCUUAUUUUAUUAUUAUUAGAUGCUAAUUUUUAUUUUAUUUUUAAAAAGAUGAUUAAUCUAUUUAAAAUUGCAAAUAUGAUUUAUAUGGUGUUGUUAAUCAUAGUGGAACUAUAUCAGGAGGACAUUAUACUUCGUAUGAUUAAUUUUUUUAAUAAUUUAUAUUUAUUAUUUUUUUAAAUAGUGAAUCUUUAAAUCCUUAUGAUGGAUAAUGGUAUAUUUUUAAUGAUAAUAUAGUUACUCUUUUAAAUAAAUCAUAAAUUAAAAAGUAUGAAGACUAUAGUAGUAGUAGUCCUUAUUUAUUAUUUUAUUGUAAAUAGGAUAUUUUUAAAAGUUACAAAGAUAGAUUAUAACUAAGUAAGUUAUGAAAAAUUAAAUUAUUUAUAAACAAAUGUAUUUAAUAUAUAUUUAUUUAAUUAAUUUCAUAUUUUAAAAAAAUAAAUAUUAAAAAUAUAUAAGUAAAAAAUAAAAAUUAAAAAUUAUAAAAUGUAAUAAAAUUAUUAUAAUUUAAAAAUAUAAUAAAAUAUUUUUUUAAAAUUUAAAUUUUUAAUUUUUAAAUAUAAAAAAGCAUAUAUUUUUAUUUUUAUCUAAUAUUUAAUUUAUAUAUAUAAAAAUAAAUAAAAUUAUAAAGAGAAAUAAAUUAAAAUAUCUUUUAUUUUUAAUAAUUAUUAAUUAUAAAAGAUGUAUAAAUAUUUUUUUUUUAUAAUUAUAAUUUAAAUGAACGUAUAAAUUUGGUAAUGA